ACGACUAAGGUUGUACGCUAAAAUAUUAAAUUGCCGGUUUUAGUGACUCAUGGACGUUUCUGUGCGCAGUUUAUAUUAUAUAUUCUUCCAGCAGACAUCAGGACAUUGUACGCUGAGAUGAGUUUGACUGAGAAAUUUCAUUAAAAGUACUCAAAAUAAUAUGACAUAGUGACAAAAAUCGAACGGUGACUGUGUACAGUGUCAAUGUGGAUUCGCAUUUAAAUUAUAAAUGUCAAUCAAAUACUUAAUAAUACAUUAUAAUAACAUGAUAAACGCACAACCGAAUUCUUUUCUAUACGCGCCUAGUUUUAAUAAAACGAUGGACAGCAAUGUUUGCGGAGAAACCGAAGAGCGAGCGUGAUGCCGAUAAACGGCAACGCGUUGGCCAAGUACUUGGUCAUGGUGUCGCAAGUGAUCGCUUGGUGCACGGUUAGCGCGAUGCUGUUGCGGAGGGGCCUGAACCAGGUGAACGCUAGCUCGCAGCAACCGCCGUCGUCACCGUACGGCAGCAAACCGUACGGCGGUUCGGUCGCAGCGUUCGGCGACAGCAACGCGACAUCGACCGCGGCCACGGACACCGGCCACCAUCAUCAAGGGACGCCGGAAAAGUCGUUCGACGAAAACGGUGCGCCUGCCGUGGUGGCCGGCGUAGUGAUGAUCGCGAUCGCGGUGAUCAUGUUGAUCAUCAGUCCCACGAUCAUGGUGAUGAAAAUGAUCGAGAAACGCAAGAAAAGGAUCCUGGACACGGAAUUAGAAUCUCCGCCUAAGUACGAAGAUGUGGUAGAAAGCGCCCCAAGAUAUUCAUCGUUGUUUGUAUUUAAUAACGAUGGUGAAAUGGCAUUGGUGUCUGAAAAUAUACUACACAAAGAAAAGGAUAAUAUUCAAAAACAACUAGUUUAAAAUAACUAAUUUCAUGAAUUAAAUUUAUAUUAUGAUAUAAUCUACUUCAAACUUUCUACACUGCCUCUACAUCGGUUGGCCUAAACCUGCCGAGAGUUAUCCAAAAAAUAUUUAUUCGUGGCAUGAUUUAUUGUAUAAUUUAUAAGUUAAAACCAAUACAUUGGGGAAUAUUUUUAAAUUUAAUGAUACAAUAGAAAUACAUAUAAAACAACAAUAAUGUUUACAA